AUGGUUAAAGAUAAACCACUUAAUGUUAUUUAUGGGAUUGACUCUAAAGAACAUGAUACAGAGGGCAGAUGUAUCACUGUGGAGUAUGAAACUUUCUUUGUAGUCAACGUAUAUGUCCCCCAUGCAGAUUGGAACGAACAAUUCGAGAAGUUUAUUAAAAAUUUGGACUCCCAAAAACCAGUCAUAAUUUGUGGGGAUAUGAACGUGGCACACAAAGAGAUUGACUUGGCUAAUCCCAAAACCAACACCAAUAGUGCUGGGUUUUCAGUGGAGGAACGUGACGGCAUGACUGCUUUUCUUGGAAACGGUUAUGUUGAUAUUUAUCGCCACUUAUAUCCCGAGAAGGAAAAAGCUUACACUUUCUGGAUCUACAUGAGAAAUGCCAGACCUAACAACGUUGGAUGGUAA